UGCAGCGAUCCGCGAACCAUGCUGACGAAUCGAGCGUACCGAAUCCUUACCUACCUGUUCGGUAGCAUAAACAUAUUUUUCGUACUGGUCAUACUGAGCAUGGGCGCCGAGCAGCUGUUAAUCGACUGGCGAUCAGCGAUCUACGAGCUUGUGAUACCGUGUGCCUUAAACAUCCUCUUCGCAAUGUGCUGGAUCAUUGGAGCGGGUCUGUGGCGUCCGGCCCUAAUUGCCAUGUUCAAAUACUUCUCCUACGUGCAGAUGUCGCUGCUCGCCGCCGUCAUUCUGUAUUCGGCGUACUAUACCUACGCCAAAGGACUGACCUCCAAUCUGCUUACCGUGAUGUCACUGCUGACUUCAUUAUUUUUCCUCUGCCUGAUGGAAGUCCUUAUAGCGAUCGGAACGGAACGCGCCAUUGCGAAGGAACGGAACGUUUUGCGGCUCGUCAACACCGGCCAGGAAAUGUCCGACUGGAGUCAUACGUAGU